AUGGAAAGGCUGCAAAGCGAUUCUGAGAACUUUCUUCAAUUUCUUAUAAGUUUGAAAGCCGAAGAUUUACGACAUGAGUCGAGAAAUAGCUUUCAGAUUUUCCCGACCCAAUUCAAGGAAAUUUGCAACGUUUAUAUGAUACCAGAGGGUGUAAACCAUCCUAAAGUUAAUUUGGCUUCGGGUAAAAGUGGAUUUUAUCUCGUAACUGGAUAUUCGCGAACUGCAUUAAUUCAAGAUGAAGUAUCGUCAGUAAAUGAUCAAAAUCAGUUCAAUAACAGUUACGAAUCUACGUCCUUCGAAGAAGAAGACGGUGAAGAAUAUCCUGUCUCAUUGACCCUGACGGCAGAAAGAUUCGUUCGCAUAGGUCCAGCAAAUGAUGCCCUUGGCCAAAUGAUCAAUGUUUUCGAGACAUUUCACUCAGAUAACUUACAUGAAGUUGUUUCAUGGAAUAUUGCAGCUGAUUCUAUGAUCCCACUACCAUAUGCUAGCGCUAGGCAACUGUUAUCGUAUUUUGCGUUAUCUCAUACUAGCCCUGUCAGAAAUGGGCAAACGAUAGCAAAACCCUGCUGGAUUUUAACUACGAAGAAUGAAAAAUUAUAUAAGCGAAGUGAUGUACCAAAAUUAGAGAAUCGUCUUACAGCUAGAGGAAUGACGGCCGAAUCUAAAAUGAAAGCGCAAGGAUAUGCACAGUAUCGACUACUUAGCCCGAUUAGUGAGGACUCCAAGUUGAAGAGUAGUUUAACGCUGGAGUUAGUAUGGCAAGGCUUAAAUACAUUAAUUGAAAAACCGGCCUUGAUGUCCGAUGCAAUCCUAAAAUAUUGGAUGUAUUCUAACAAAGAUGUAGAAAUAUGGCCGACUCAUUGUGGUUACAAGGUCGACGUAAUGUCGUCGGUAAAAUCAUUCCUUCAAGAUUGUAAUAACCUAAAUGAACUUACCGAGGCAGUUUCCUACAUUGCCCAAAAACUUGCAGACGGAAGAUUAUUGCCACAGUACCUUUUUUUACAUUGCGAUAGUGAUGAACCGUACAUAUGGACUAUGUCUGCUUCGAACGAAAUGCCAAAUUUUAAUGUUUCAGCGAUUGCUCAUAGUUUCAAUGUUCAUGAAGGAACUGACCAUCAGGAUAAUACAAGUAACAGCGAGCUUUCAACAUCAUAUUUAAUAUCAUCAAGUGAAUGUGACGAAUUCAGUUUAUGA